AACAACUCUGGCCCCGCCUUCCCCUCUUCCUACACCUCCUGUUACUGAAAACCCAUGGUCAGUAGAAAAGCUCCUUCUCUUUGAAUGACAGAACCACAGCAUAAUGCGUGGCUUCAAGCUGCUCCUCUUCUGGGGGUGUUGUGUUAUGGACAUCUGGGAAAUGCACACAGGACCCACACUGAAAUCAACAAUAAAAAGUGUGACCCUCAUCCCAGUGGUUGGGAAUGGAUCACCCUCCUCUGUCCAUCUUCCAGCCCAGAUGCAAAUAAAUGUAGAGAGACUACCAUGUGCCCAGCUUAUGCCACCUGCACCAGCAACAUGGACAGUUACUACUGUACUUGCAAACGAGGCUUCCUGUCCAGCAAUGGACAAAGACGCUUCAAGGGUCCAGGAGUGGAAUGCAAAGAUAUUGAUGAAUGUUCUCAAAGCCCCCAGCCCUGUGGUCCUAACUCAGUCUGCAAAAACCUGUUGGGGAGAUACAACUGUGCCUGUUUACAUGGUUUCUCUUCUCCCACUGCAAAUGGCUGGAUCUCAGGAAAGCCAGGCAAUUUCUCCUGUACUGACAUCAAUGAGUGCCUCACCAGCGGGAUCUGCCCUGAGCAUUCUGACUGUGUCAACUUUAUGGGAAGCUACUUUUGCAGCUGUCAAAUCGGAUUCAUCUCUAGAAACUCCACCUGUGAAGAUGUGGAUGAAUGUCUCAAUCCAAGAGCUUGCCCGGAGCAUGCAACUUGCCAUAACACUGUUGGAGCCUACACUUGUCUCUGCAACCCAGGAUUUGAAUCCAGCAGUGGCCUCUUGAGUUUUCAGGGUCUCAGAGAAUUGUGUGAAGAUGUGGAUGAAUGUUCCAGGAACUCAAAUCUUUGUGGUCCCAAUUCUGUCUGCACCAACAUCCCAGGAGGAUACAAUUGCUCCUGCCUGCCCGGAUAUUUUUUGCCUGCUUCUCAGACCCUUAAAGAUCCACAGGCUUUUGGAUGUACAGAUAUCGAUGAAUGCACUGAAAUGUGCCCCAUCAAUUCAACAUGCACCAACACUCCUGGGAGCUACUUUUGCACCUGCCACCCUGGCUUUGCACCAAGCAAUGGACAGCUGAAUUUCACAGACCAAGAAGUGGAAUGUAGAGAUAUUGAUGAGUGCCUCCAAGAUCCAUCAACAUGUGGUCCAAAUUCUGUUUGCACCAAUGUCCUGGGCUCCUACAACUGUGGCUGCAUUGCAGGCUUUCGUCCCAAUUCAGAAGGCUCCCAGAAAGAUGGCAACUUCAGCUGCCAAAGGCUGCCCUUCAAAUGUAAGGAAGAUAUGAUACCCAAUAAUGAACAGGCCCAGCAAUGCCAAGAGGGAACCACAAUGAAACCUGAAUAUGUCUCGUUUUGUGCACUAAUAAAUGACAUGUUCGACAUUCUGGACAAUGUGUGUGAAAAUGAAAGGACUGUAGUUUCCAUGAAGAGUAUGGCUGAGAGCUUUGUUCCUGUGCUUGAACAAAUGUCCACAUGGACAAACUUCACCAAGACAGAGACAUCCUCCCUGGCCACAGUCUUCCUGGAGAGUGUGGAGAGCACAGCACUGGCAGCUUUUUUGAGACCCUCAGAGAAUGCCACUCAGACUGUCCAGACGGAAUACUUAGACAUCGAGAGCAAAGUUAUUGACAAACAAUGCAGUGAAGAGAAUGUGACUUUGAGUUUGGCAGCUAAAAGGGAUAAGAUGAAGAUCGGGUGUUCCACAAUUGAGGCAUCUGAAUCCAGAGGAACCACUGGCGUGGCUUUUGUCUCCUUUGUGGGUGUGGAGUCUGUUUUAGACAAGCGCUUCUUCCACAACCCCCAGACUCCCUUGGCCAACUCUGAGGUGAAGCUGAAGAUGAAUUCUCGAGUUGUUGGGGGCAUCAUGACUGGGGAGAAGAAAGAUGGCUUCUCAGAUCCAGUCAUCUACACUCUGGAGAACAUUCAGCCAAAGCAGAAGUUUGAGAGGCCCAUCUGUGUUUCCUGGAGGACAGAUGUGGAGGGUGGGAGAUGGACACCCUCUGGCUGUGUGGUCCUGGAAGCUUCUGAGGUGCAUACCAUCUGCAGCUGCAACCACUUGGCAAAUCUUGCCAUUAUCAUGGCGUCUGGGGAGCUCACGAUGGGCUGCGCCAUCAUUGCGGGCUUCCUGCACUACUUUUUCCUUGCUUGCUUCUUCUGGAUGCUGGUGGAAGCUGUGAUGCUCUUCCUGAUGGUCAGAAACCUGAAGGUGGUGAAUUACUUCAGCUCUCGCAACAUCAAGAUGCCGUACCUCUGUGUCUUUGGUUAUGGGCUGCCAGGGCUGGUCGUGGUGAUCUCUGCCAGUGUGCAGCCACAAGGCUAUGGAAUGUAUAAUCGCUGCUGGCUGAAUACAGAGGCGGGGUUCAUCUUGAGUUUCUUGGGGCCAGUUUGCAUAGUCAUAAUGAUCAAUUCCAUCCUCUUGACCUGGACCUUGUGGAUCCUGAGGCAGAGGCUUUCCAGCGUCAAUGCCGAAGUCUCGACACUAAAAGACACCAGAUUGCUGACCUUCAAGGCCUUUGCCCAGCUCUUCAUCCUGGGCUGCUCCUGGGUGCUGGGCCUUUUUCAGUUUGGACCUGUGGCAGGUGUCAUGGCCUACCUGUUCACCAUCAUCAACAGCCUGCAGGGGUCCUUCAUCUUCCUCAUUCACUGUCUGCUCAACCACCAGGUACGAGAAGAAUACAAGAGGUGGAUCCCUGGGAAGACCAAGCCCAGCUCUGAGUCCCAGACCUCAAGGAUCUCACUCUCCUCCAUGCCGUCCACUUCCAAGACGCUUAACAUGGAAAUGAGGAUCCCACCUGCCCCAGAACUCUCUGGGGAAGAAUGUUUGCAGCUGUCCUCCCACGAUUGUGUGCACUGAUGAGAAUCAGGGGUUUCUGCUCCAAAUCACCAUUUUAUCUUCUGUGCUCUGCAGCUUUUUGAAUUCCAGAGUUUUUGAGAACUGACCCCAAUUCAAUGGCAUGACGAAGGACACCUGGCCACCAUUUUGCUUUAUCCUGCCCUUCUUGGUGCGUGUUUCUAAGCGGGCCCUCCAGCGCCUGACACAGAGGACCUCUCAAUAAAUGACUUGUCAUC